UACCGUACACGUGUCGCGUUCUUAUUGGGUUUCUCUAACGACUUAGGUCGGCAACCUCGGCUAUAAAUUAAGCCCCAAUUCUAUUUUUUUCCCUCAUCAAAAUCUUUCUCAAGCGCCGCGAAUAUCUCCGAUCGUUCUCUUAUCAAGAUGCAGAUCUUUGUGAAAACCCUCACAGGCAAGACCAUCACUCUCGAGGUCGAGAGUUCUGACACCAUUGAUAAUGUCAAAGCCAAAAUCCAGGACAAGGAGGGGAUCCCCCCUGACCAGCAAAGACUGAUCUUUGCCGGCAAACAGCUUGAGGACGGCCGUACCCUCGCUGAUUACAAUAUCCAAAAGGAGUCCACACUCCACCUCGUCCUCCGUCUUCGUGGUGGGAUGCAGAUUUUCGUCAAGACCCUCACUGGGAAGACGAUUACUCUCGAGGUUGAGAGCUCCGAUACCAUUGACAAUGUAAAAGCCAAGAUCCAGGACAAGGAGGGAAUCCCCCCAGACCAGCAGAGGCUGAUCUUUGCUGGAAAGCAGCUUGAGGAUGGCCGAACCCUCGCUGACUAUAACAUCCAGAAGGAGUCUACCCUCCAUUUGGUGCUCAGGCUGAGGGGAGGCAUGCAGAUUUUUGUCAAGACCCUCACUGGCAAGACUAUCACCCUUGAAGUGGAGAGCUCAGACACCAUCGACAAUGUAAAAGCCAAGAUUCAGGACAAGGAGGGCAUCCCCCCAGACCAGCAGAGGCUGAUUUUUGCUGGCAAGCAGUUGGAGGAUGGCCGUACCCUUGCUGACUACAACAUCCAGAAGGAGUCGACCCUCCAUUUGGUGCUCAGGCUGAGGGGAGGCAUGCAGAUUUUUGUCAAGACCCUAACCGGCAAGACCAUCACUUUGGAAGUGGAGAGCUCCGACACCAUCGACAAUGUGAAAGCAAAGAUCCAGGACAAGGAGGGAAUCCCCCCAGACCAGCAGAGGUUGAUUUUUGCCGGCAAGCAGCUUGAGGAUGGCCGCACCCUCGCUGACUAUAACAUCCAGAAGGAGUCCACCCUUCACCUUGUGCUGAGGCUGAGGGGAGGCAUGCAGAUUUUUGUUAAGACCCUAACCGGCAAGACCAUCACUUUGGAAGUGGAGAGCUCCGACACCAUCGACAAUGUGAAAGCAAAGAUCCAGGACAAGGAGGGAAUCCCCCCAGACCAGCAGAGGCUUAUCUUUGCUGGCAAGCAGCUUGAGGAUGGGCGAACGUUGGCGGAUUAUAACAUUCAGAAGGAGUCCACCCUCCACCUUGUCCUCCGUCUCCGUGGUGGUAUGCAGAUUUUUGUGAAGACCCUCACCGGCAAGACCAUCACCCUGGAGGUGGAGAGCUCCGACACGAUUGACAAUGUGAAGGCGAAGAUCCAGGACAAGGAGGGGAUCCCUCCGGACCAACAGAGGCUGAUCUUUGCAGGCAAGCAGCUGGAGGAUGGACGUACCCUCGCGGACUACAACAUCCAGAAGGAGUCCACACUUCACCUGGUGCUUCGUCUUCGUGGUGGGAUGUGAAUGGGUCGGCUCGCAUUUGGGUGUCUCUGCUAGUUUACUGUUCGUUUGAAAACUUUGUGUCUGUUGGAUAAUGGCCAGCCGAAGUGUGAUGGCUGGCAGUCCUUGAACUCUUUAAUAUGUAGUUUCUUUAUGUUUUUAUGUUUAGUACUUUGUGACCGGUUGGUAAUAGUGUCUUGUUAUGUGGUAAAUAAUCUUGCGAUCGUGUGGUUUUGUUUU